AUGCUCGGAUGCGCCUAUUGCCUACGACAGGCCAUCAAUCUCUUCGUCUCCUCCGCUGAUGAACUUUUUGGGCCAAUCACAUCCAUUCGAUGCCAUGGAUGGGUCACAAAGCACAUCCCAUGGACUGCGUUUGCACUCAAGACAUCAGACUGGGAGCGCAUGAACAAUACACGAAUCAUAAUCUCAGAUGCUAAUGAUAUUCAACAAUACUUCUCCUCCGAACAACAACCAACACUAUGGCGUGCAAUAUUUGCUAUGGAGGAGCUACAGACAGCUUGGGAAUUGAAGAGUGAGAAUUUGCAGUUCACGCUGUACAAGGAGGCUAUUGAGCGGGGUCUCACGAAGAUUGGAAAUUAUUAUGGCAAAUUUGACGACAAACCAGUCUACAUUCUUGCGCUUGUACUACACCCAUACUACAAACUCGCGUAUAUCGCUAUGGCAUGGGGCGGGCCUGAAGAACAGGCAAAGGAACGAGCCACCGGCAAUCCAAAUGCCAAGAAUUGGCACGGCGAAGCACUCAAGGUAGUUGAAACAACUAUGGAGGAGUAUUGGACCACGCAUAAAGCACUUGUAGACUCAGGAUGUGCCACUGCCAACACCAUUGACGACAACUCAACAGUGUCGACUGUCGAAACCAUGGAGUCCGAAUACGAUCGCCAUCGCCACAUGUUAGUUCAGCAGGCGGUCCACGAGCACAACACUGGAUGGGCAGCUGAGCUUCGUCGUUACCUCAAGGAUAUGCCAGACAAUGUUAGUAAAGAGACAGACAUUGUUCAGUGGUGGGCGGUGAGUCUAUCUAAUAUGUUCCAACAUACUUUUUAUCUCAUAUCACACAGAGACAUUCAUCUAUCUAUCCUACCCUUGCAAGAAUUGUGA